ACAAUAACACGCUGUUCGUUGUAUUUCAUACGUAAAAAAAACUACCACUACGUUGGUGUUGUUCAAUAAUAAACGCUUAACUUUUUUAAAUGAACACUGUAUUAUUGAAAAAAAUGGCGUUAGCUAGGGGAUGUCUAGAUCCAGUACAUUGGAAGUUUAUGAGAUGAAAUGACACCUAUGUCAUGGCUGGAUGUUUUAAAAAGGCGUGUGUUGCUGUGUUUGUUGCUGGGACAUUCAGUAUUUUUAUAUCUUACGCGAUACUGAAAUGGAACCUAAGAGUUGAAGUAACAUGGAAUGGAAGACACUCGAGCGUGCAAGAGGUUCUCGUAUCUCCAGUACAAAGAGUUCGCAACAAUUCUACAAGCCCGCCAAGGGAAGUGCAAACAUUUCGCGGCAAUCUGUCGAACACUUCGGAGGCUUUUUCCGAGGAUGAUGUAGCAACUACAACCAACCUGCACAUUCAACCUGAGAUAAUACACCAUUAUCGACCCGUACAUUUACCCGGAAGCUCCAUGAAAGAGUUUAUUAACGCAAGUGUAUUGAGUGACCUUCCCAUUUACAUGGGUUUUCAGCCAAACUAUGAAGCCGAAUUUCCUUCGGUGCCAUCAGCGGAGAUACGAAUUCCACACAUGAUUCACCAGAUUUGGAUAGAUCCAAAAAAUAAAAAGGCUGGAGUAACUGUUCCAACUGUAUUUGUGCCAAAAAUUCGCUCGAUGAUGAAAUUUCAUUCUGGUUGGAAGUAUACAUUUUGGACUCACACACAUGGAAAGAAUUUGAUCAAGAAGAAAUAUCCAAAGUUACUCAAAGUCUAUAACAGAGCUCAUGAAGCUGUUACAAAAGCUGAUCUUCUGAGAUACGUUGUGAUACAUGAGUAUGGUGGUGUCUAUGUUGAUUUAGAUGUCACGUGCUUAAGAAAUAUAAACAUUGUCACAAAAAAGUAUGCCUGCAUAUUGGUACCAGCUCCAUUUGAAAAUUCUGUGAUGGACUUGGGUUGGCCCAACCAUAUCUGCAAUGGAAUUAUUUUGUGUCGGGCCCACCAUCCAUUUUUCCGACAAGUCCUAGACUCUAUAGCCAGUGUGGACAUAGACCAGAUGCACACGCUAUCCUUUGGCCCUCAGUUCUUUACACAAGUAUAUAGAAAAUAUAGCGGAAUAAAUGAUAUGUACAAAAUUGAUAUAAAAAUAAACUCUACAUCUCCAUAUUUUUAUAAAGGUAAUAUACCAGAAAACGAUAGGAAUGGGAUGUAUAUUCCGAACACUCGUUAUUUUCUUGACCAACCAGCGCCAAGAUUGGAGAAUUUGAUAUCAAAUAUGUGCGGAACACAGAAAAAACUGAAUGACCUAAAAGAAAGGGUGUGUCAUAUCCUUAGAACUCGUGGGUUCCACAGAAAACCUGGGCGAUAUACAUUUUUUACUCACAGCUAUACAGCGACCUUUCAUGCUGAAAAUAAAAAUAAACUCAGGUCUUUAACAUCAGUGUUCGACAUAAUGCAUCCAAUAAAUAAACAAAACCUAAAACAUAAUGUCAUAAAAUGACCAAUGGUAUGGCCAAAUUGUUGCAUAUAUAUUUUUGUCUUACUAAAGUGACACUCUUACUCAAAAUCAAUACAUACACAUGUAAAACAAACAUAAAUUUUGACUAACAUAACUUAAACUACUUACUAUAUAAUGCAUUUAUGGAAAAUUUAAAUCACUGAUAACACGAUUGAAACCGUGUAUUAAAUAGCUAAUAACGCAAAAAUGUUAAAUGAUUGGUGAAUGCUAAAAUAUUUACUGUGAUCUUCUAUAGUUUCAUUAGGUGUUUUAUGCACAUUUCUUUCAAAUUAAACUCGGUAAUUUUCAUAAAAACAUUGUUGUCGACAUUUAUUCAUUUUCUUUGGAAAAAUAAAACGAUUGUAUUAAUUGUGGUAAAUCUUAUUUGGGAGUAAGAGUGCAUCUAUGUAUGUUAUGUAUGUUGUCUUGUGAAGCUUUAAGUCUCCCUUUUGGAUGUUAGGCCUUGUAAGGAUAUAUGUCUCACCUUGAGUUCCCUUGAUCAAUGUAUCUUGUUCACAAAUGCAUAAUAAAAUGUGGGCUGAUU